AUAAAAAGAAUUAAAACCAAAGUGGCCAUUGAUGCAGUUCAAGAGAAAGUGGCCCAUGGAUGAGGGAGAGGAUCCGGCUACAAAAUUCUAGUACUACUAUAAAAAUCCUACGGGGCCAAUGACGUAGUUAAUGAGGUAAUAAAAUCAAUCUGUCCGUGUGUCGCAGUAUCGUGAUCAAGAUUCAAGAUUAGAUCUCCAAUCAAACCCAGAAAUGGAAGCACAGAGCACUAGCAAGACGGCGGUAGUGAGUUCACUGAAGGCGGUGAAGCGCAACUCGGGCAAGACGUACGGUCAGAUAGCAGCCGAGACGGGUCUGACCAACGUCUACGUUGCCCAGCUCUUUAAACGCCAAGCUCAACUCAGCCCAGAUUCCGCCCCCAAGUUGCGCUCGGCCCUGCCCCAACUGCCCGAGGAGCUGCUUCAGGAGAUGAUGCAGCCCCCCUGCAGGUCCUACGACCCCAAUUUGAUCCAAGAACCCACUGUUUAUAGGCUGAAUGAAGCAGUUAUGCAUUUUGGGGAGAGCAUCAAGGAAAUCAUCAAUGAGGAAUUUGGUGAUGGCAUCAUGUCAGCUAUAGACUUCUACUGUUCAGUUGACAAAGUUAAAGGUGUGGAUGGGAAAGAUCGAGUAGUUCUGACAUUUGACGGGAAGUAUCUGCCCUACACUGAGCAGAAAACUGAACAUAUGGUAUCGAGAUUAAGGCUGCAGGAAAAAUAGGAACAUUGUUGCUCUUUGGCUAGUACGAGGAACAUCCGGGUCUUCUCAACUUGUAUGAAUGUAACUCUGGAUUUGCCUAUAGUUUUCUGCAUCUUCUGUGUUCUCUUAUGUAGUAAACAAUUCUAAACAGUGGUGGUUUGAUAACAUUGUCAGUUUUCGUGUGUACUAAACACAUUUCUAAUGAACAUGUUACUGUUUAGUUUUGUAAAA